AUGGCCUCCCGUACUCUUGUUCAAUCCAAUUGCUUCAGGGCUAUAGCUGCCAGCGCACGAGCUAUUCCCCAGACCUCAACAAGAUGGAGCUCCAGUAGCAGUUCUACUUCAGCCAUUGCCUACAAAGCCCUGCGUCGUCGUCAAGCUCCUCUUCCAACCAACGACACACCUUCAUCAUGGUCUGCGCAAGCUGCCGUUUCCAACAUUCUCUACGAAACUCCGACGCCUUCGAUGGCACCCCCGAAGCGUCACGUCCUCAAUUGCCUGGUUCAGAACGAGCCUGGUGUCUUGUCUCGAGUCUCUGGUAUUCUUGCAGCGCGCGGUUUCAACAUUGACUCCCUAGUCGUGUGUAGCACGGAAGUUGAGGAUCUAUCUCGCAUGACCAUCGUUCUCACCGGUCAAGAUGGCGUAGUCGAGCAGGCCCGAAGACAAUUAGAAGACUUAGUCCCCGUGUGGGCUGUCCUAGACUAUACGAAUGCUGCUCUUGUUCAGAGAGAGUUGCUACUCGCCAAGGUCAAUAUAUUGGGACCCGAAUACUUUGAAGAGUUGUUGGCACACCACCGCGAGAUGACAGCUGAAGCCGAACUUGGAGAAGAUGGCGAAAGGACACUAGAAGGUGUCGCGCAAGAUUUCCACCCGAGCAAGAUGGUAGCUAGUCAGGCGUUACGUCUUAAGCAUGAACAUCUGAAGUCAAUUACCUACUUCGCACAUCAAUUUGGAGGUAAAGUAUUGGAUAUCAGCACAAGUAGCUGCAUUGUUGAGGUAUCUGCCAAGCCAGUCAGAAUCGAUUCAUUCUUGAAACUGAUAGCGCCCUUCGGGAUUUUGGAAUCGUCGCGAACUGGUCUUAUGGCGUUACCCCGAUCUCCUCUCUACGGCCCAGACGAAGAAACGAUUGUGAAGGAAGCGGACGAGAUCGUUGAUGCUAGCCAGCUACCUCCUGGUUAA